AUGGAAUUUCCCUACACUGUUGCCCCGCAUCUGGAUUAUUUCUCCAUUCCUCGGGCUGAAUUUAUCGCCCGUCGGCCAGAGUUCGACAGCUUCGCGGUGGGCGGCUAUGUUUUCUCUCAGGAUGGGCCCCUUGAUGGACCAGCUACUCGCCGCAUCCUGUUACUUCAGCGCGCUUUGACCGACUCAAUGCUCGGAUGCUGGGAGGGGCCUGGGGGCGCUUCCGAAUCGGAUGAUCAAACCUUGCUGGAUGGAGUGGUUCGUGAAGUCCUCGAAGAGACCGGUCUGCAUGUAUCGAAGGUGGUGGAGCUGGUUGGGGUAGACAGCUGGACCCACACUCGCCGUCUUGACGGGGUCAAAUUCCGCAUAGCGAAGUAUUCCUUCAUCGUGGAAGUUUACGAGGCUUUCCAGCAGCCGCUCGAACGGAUCCCGGUGCCAGUGGCUACCGAGGAAAUCCCUGUGCGUCUAGAAGCUACAGAGCAUCAGGCAUUCGAAUGGGCUACGGAACAAGAGGUACGGGACUCUGCACAGACAGGCCAAGGCAAAUAUAAGCUCUCAUUGCCAUCAAUGGGGCCCCAAGGGGCCAACAUCCUGCGAUCGUUCGAGAUGAUCAGAGCGCGUGAUACCAAUUAA